ACGAAGAAAAAAGGCCUUUAGAAACCCUAACACACUCGUCUCCGUCCCCAUCUCACACUUUUACUUUCUCACUGCGCCCAAUCUCUCUUCCUCUCGCACCUUCCUCCGCGAUUGUGUCUGUCUUCGGCUCAGCGGACGCUUCUCUUCUCUAAUCGUUCUCCUGGUUUAGAUCUCAUUCAUAGCAAAAGGAUUUCAAUUAUAAUCUCUUGUUUAGAUGUCGACUGCUUUGGAUAUGUCGCUUGAUGACAUGAUUAAGAACAGCAGGGGUAAUCGUGACAGAAAUAGAGAACAACGCGGUAGGGGUUCUCGUGGCCGUGGUGGAGCACGUGGCUCCUUUAAUGCUGGAAGGAUGGCCGCUGGAAGAAUUCCAGCUGGAAGAAUUACAGGACUUGUUCGUAGAGGUCCUCUCCCGGGUGGUGCUCGGCCGUCCUCGUAUACCAUUGCCAAGUCUACCCGCAGAACCAAGCGUUUCCCAUGGCAGCCUGAUUUGUUUGAAGACAGCCUUAGAGCUGCGGGGAUAUCAGGGAUUGAAAUUGGCACAAAGUUAUAUGUAUCUAACUUGGACUAUGGAGUGACAAAUGAGGAUAUAAGGGAACUUUUCUCUGAGAUCGGAGAGAUGAAGCGAUAUGCAAUACAUUUUGACAACAAUGGUCGCCAAAGUGGUUCAGCCGAAGUGGUUUAUACUAGAAGAAGUGAUGCAUUCGCAGCAUUGAAGCGCUAUAAUAAUGUUUUAUUGGACGGGAAGCCUAUGAAAAUUGAGCUUGUUGGUGCCAGUGCAGGGAUGCCUAUUUCAGCUCGUGUGAAUGUGACAGGCGUGCACGGAAGGAAGAAAAGGACUGUUGUAAUGACGCCUGGACCUGGUAAUGCUGGUGGCUAUGCUAUGCCUAUGGUUAACCGCGGUUCUGGUGGGAGCAGCCGUGGAGGGAAUAGAAAUGGUCGAGGGAAACCACGUGGGAGUGGCAGCGGCAGUGGUCGUGGGCGUGGGCGUGGGCGUGGUCGUGGUGGAGAGUGGAGGAAGAAGCAUGUGGAGAAGUCGGUUGAUGAACUCGACAAGGAACUAGAUAGCUAUCACACAGAUAUCAUGCAGAGUUAGUUCAAAACUGGAGGUGUGGAACUUUGCUUCUUGGUAUCAAUCAGUGUUUAGCUAUGGUAGCUGUACAAAAAUGACGGUUGUGAUUUUCGCGAUAUAGAUUAAUUUAUGCUUGGAUGAUGUCUCAAUGCUUUUCGUCCUAGGCCAGCCGACUUAGAGGAAACGAAGAUGUUGGGUUGAUUUGAAAGUUGUUUGUUGGUUGGUAGCAUUUAUUUGCUGUAAAACGACGCUUUAAUGUUGGGGUGAUAUGCUAAAUGAGAUAAAUGAGUUGUGUA